AUGUGGGUGCACUUAAACUCCAGCGCCCUGUUGUUGGCGAUGUCUUUCACCUUGAUGGUAAAUGCGGAAGCCAGUUCUCAACGACACAGGAAGAACGAACAACGCUCGAAAUCAUAUCCUCGAGAAAAUGGUUAUGUCAGAACAGAUCUAUCCCGCAACGACUAUGACGAGGAAUAUUUUAUAUCGGCGCCAAAGUAUGGAAUAUACCACCAUGAUUUCCUGGACGAUUUUAAAGAGAGCUCUUUAUAUCCCCAACGAUCCUCAAGCGCAAAGAAACGACAUCACAGACGUCAUUCUGGACAUAAAUCGCAUCGUGCUACAAAUCGUUCUUCCCGGCGUUCUUUAGAAGAAUCAUAUCAACCCGAAAUUCCUUGGCCUGUCAAGAAAGAAGCAGUUAUAGACGGUGACUUAGUUUUAGGAGGUCUGAUGAUGGUUCAUUCAAGAGAAGAUUCGGUGACUUGCGGUGCAGUGAUGCCCCAAGGCGGCGUGCAAGCGUUAGAGGCGAUGCUUUAUACUCUCGACAGAGUCAACAGUGAUAAGACACUCCUGCCGAAUAUCACGCUAGGCGCUCACAUAUUGGACGACUGCGAUAAAGACACUUACGGACUCGAAAUGGCGGUGGAUUUUAUCAAAGGUUCAAUAAGCAAUAUCGAUGGCGCUGAAUAUCACUGCAAUAAGACGCAAGUUCGAAAGGUUAUAUCUGGAGUCGUUGGCGCAGCAUCUUCGGUUACUAGUAUUCAAGUUGCAAAUCUACUUAGACUUUUUCGAAUACCACAGGUUUCAUUUUUCUCGACAAGUCCAGAGCUAAGCAACAAACAGCGUUUCGAGUACUUUUCGAGGACCAUACCAUCGGACCAUUACCAGGUCAAAGCAAUGGUGGACAUCGUAAAACAAUUAGGAUGGAGCUACGUCUCGAUUAUUUAUGAAGAAUCCAAUUACGGAGUGAAGGCGUUCGAAGAACUAGAGGAACUGCUGGGGCGGCAUAGCAUCUGCAUAGCUGUCAAAGAGAAACUAGUCAAAGACUCCGGAGUUGCUGAGGAGAUAGCUUACGAUAAUAUCGUUCUCAAGCUACUCACGAAACCGCGAGCGAGAGGUGCAAUAAUAUUCGGCUCGGACCAAGAAGUUGCCGAAGUUAUGCGCGCCGUCCGCCGAUGUAAUGCCACGGGUGCGUUCAGUUGGAUAGGAAGCGACGGCUGGUCAGCCCGAUCUCUCGUCUCUGACGGUAACGAACCUGAGGUCGAGGGAACGCUGUCCGUUCAGCCGCAAGCCAACCCGGUGCGCGGGUUCGAGGACUAUUUUCUCGGACUGAACGUUGAAAACAACCCCAGAAACCCCUGGUUUGUCGAAUUUUGGGAAGAUCACUUCCAAUGUCGUUAUCCAAACAGUUCCAAUACACCAUAUAACCAAAAGUACACAAAACUUUGUACGACAAAAGAGAAGUUAACUAGAAAUAAUACAGACUUUGAAGGGCAAUUACAGUUCGUCAGUGACGCCGUGAUGGCCUUUGCAUAUGCUAUAAGAGAUAUGCAUAAGGAUCUGUGCAGUGGACAGAAUGGACUUUGCGAUGCCAUGAAACCUACAAAAGGACUCGAGUUACUCAAAUACCUUCGCAACGUAGAAUUUGAGGGUCUGACAGGCGACAGGUUUCGAUUCGACUCGAAUGGGGACGGUCCGGCCAGAUACAACAUUAUUCAUUUCAAGCAAAUCAGUCCUGGCAAGUACCGGUGGAUACGAGUCGGCGAGUACUACGAGGGCGAAUUGCGACUUAACAUGUCAGAAGUGCAGUUCAAACUCCAUCAGCCCAAGCCGCCCGAAUCUGUUUGCAGUUUGCCCUGCGCGGUCGAUCAGGCCAAAAAGUACGUCGAGGGUGAGAGCUGCUGCUGGCACUGCUUUAAUUGCACGCAAUACCAGAUCCGUCAUCCUACAGACGAAACGCAGUGCAUAACCUGCGCCCAGGGAACAGUACCGGACAUCAGGCGAGUGAGUUGUCGCGAUAUACCCGAAACAUACCUCAGACCGGAAUCAGGCUGGGCAAUUGGGGCAAUGGCUUUGUCUUCCACCGGGAUACUGGUCACGCUAUUUGUGACUGGCGUUUUCAUCCGUCACAACGAUACACCCGUCGUGCGAGCCUCUGGACGAGAAUUAAGUUACGUGCUCCUGGCGGGCAUCCUGAUGUGCUAUUGUGUUACCUUCGCUCUGGUUGUCAGACCUAGCAAUAUCGUCUGUGGCAUUCAGAGAUUUGGAGCUGGAUUUUGUUUCACGGUUGUGUAUGCUGCAUUGCUCACGAAAACAAAUCGUAUCUCGAGGAUUUUCAAAGCGGGAAAGCAUUCAGCGAAACGACCGAGCUUCAUAAGCCCGCGAUCGCAACUGAUCAUAUGCAGCGGAUUUAUUGGCGUUCAGGUCCUCAUUAACGGCGUAUGGAUGGUAAUAUCGCCGGCUAGAGCGAUGCAUCAUUAUCCGACUCGAGAAGAUAACCUACUUGUAUGCGACAGUUACAUAGACGCCUCCUACAUGAUAGCAUUCAGUUACCCGAUAGUGCUCAUCGUGACGUGCACAGUCUACGCCGUUCUCACGAGAAAGAUACCCGAAGCUUUUAAUGAAUCCAAGUAUAUAGGUUUUACUAUGUACACUACAUGCAUAAUUUGGUUAGCAUUCGUGCCUCUGUAUUUUGGAACGGGCAACCACGUACCGCUGAGGAUCACAAGUAUGUCGGUGACCAUAUCAUUGUCCGCUAGUGUUACUAUAGUAUGUCUCUUCACGCCCAAGUUGUACAUAAUCCUGAUACGUCCAGAGCGUAACGUGAGACAGAGCAUGAUGCCGGUCCGGUACAGUGCUCUAAAUAAGAGCACGGCUGGGACCGGCAAUUCUUCAGUGAUGGCCACUGUUACGUUGACCGCAGCCACUUGCGACCAGAAGGAAAAACUUCACAACUCAGGAAACGGAAAUAAUCAUGAUAGUACUCGACGUCGUCAAGUGGCAGACUGCUCUACACAAACGGAACUACGAGUGAGAAAUGGUUCUGCUAAAUCUCCUACAUCGCCUUUUGGCUUUCAAAAUGGUCUCAAAUCUUUAUGCAUUAACGCGACUUCUAGUAGAAGUCUUGAAAAUACAUCUCUUAUCAAAGAAUCUGUGGAAAACAGUCCAAAAAUUAACAGUCAAUCAAAUGAUUCUGAUGAAAACGAAUGCACACAGCGUUUGUUAGAUAAUACUAGUGAUCAUCGAAGAAUUAAUUCCUUAAAGGAACAAAAUAAAAUUAAAACUGGAAAUGGUUUGCGUUCAGGUUCGUUUCGUUAUAGAAAUUCAUAG